GCUGGUAUUUACAUGAAUACAUUUUAACGCAUGACUCACAAGAUACUUUGGAUUAUAUAUUGAGCAUUGUUUUAUGAAUGUAUUAAUGUAGUAGACUGAAGGAAAUGUUCCAUGUGGAGAAAGAGAGCUUUCUUUCCGCUCUGUUUAUGACCCAUGGUUCUGAAAGUAGGACAUCUACUACAAUGGAGUUGAAAAUGUUAAACAAACCCUGAUUGAAUGAAGGGCACUUAUAAUGGCCCAUGAUUAUCAGCAAGCUACACCACAAAGCUUAUCUCUCUCUGCAGGUGGAGCAGGAAUACGGUAAUGGGUGCCUGGUUUGAUAGCAGAGCCUCCAGAUGUAUGCAGAUGCUCAGAGUUAAAGACUUUAUUGUUGUUUGCCUAUAAUGCCUUGGUGUGCCAGGGAUAAUGGAUCUUCUUGAACCACAGAAAACCAGCCCAUCAGUCGUUCAGGCCCAUUGUUGGAGCUUACGCACAUUGUCCCAUCUCUAGGAGAUUGUUGGUGAUGUCAUUGCGCUUUAAAGGUAGACUGGGGGGUGCCUGGGUCAGACCUGUGUGGGAGCAAGCGAAGAUGGGCACUGCCCCUGUUUUGCUGGCUCUGUAUGCUGUCCUGCUGUGUGCGUGCCGGUCAGGUGCUGAGGAGCAGGGAGGUGGGCCUCUAUGCCCAGAGUACCAGAAGAGUUUCGAUGCCUCCUGUUAUGAGUUUGUCAGCCUGCAGCGCUCCUUCCUCAGUGCUCAGGGCUGGUGUGAGAGGGGCGGAGGGCAUCUGGCCUUCAUCCUGAACGAUGAGAUCCAGCAGUUCCUGCAGAGGCACCUGAAGCCAGAACAGGACUGGUGGUUGGGUUUAGCACCUGCUAGACAGAAUCUCACUCUGGAACUCACUGUAGCUGAAGACUCGCUGUCCUGGUUGGACGGAUCUGACGUCAGCUAUGCUAACUGGGCCGAGGAGCCGCUUCCAGGGGCUUCCUGUGCUCACGUCCGCAGGCAUUCAGCCUUUCAGUGGGAGGCUACAGACAACUGCAGCCAGGAGUUCUACUUUGUCUGUGAAUUCGAGUCGGGUCGCUCCUUGGCUUGCGCAAACCACAAUGCCACUCUGCAGUGUGGAUCGGGGCGGGUGAUCCAGGUUGACGACAGCUUCUACGGCAGGAAGACCCCACACUACUGCCAAGUGACCCCCACUCCCCCUUCCACACCAGGGUGGGAGGCUCCAUCUGUCCUGGAGGAGUGCAGCUGGGUGGAUGUGAGCCACUUAGUGGAAGGGCACUGCCACGGACUGCAGGUGUGCCAGGUCACUGCCGACGCGGGUUUGUUUGGGGAGUCCUGCCCACGGCUGGGGAGCUACCUGUCAGUGGACUAUCACUGCAAAGAUGGCCUGCUGCUUUUGAUGAGUGAGGUUGCAGCAGUUUUUGACAACGUCACCAUCACUGUAAAGUGGCUGCUUCAUCCUUUCCAAGGAAAUCUUACUUGUUCCCUGAGUGCUGGAGAUGGACACACUAUCGACGCCUAUAAUUCAAAAGAGUCAGAAAAUAUGGUUCACAGAUACAACCGAUCAGGUGUCUUCACUGUCAAUGUGGAGUGCACCACCAGUGAGUGGCAUGUGGCAGCACAGAAAGUCAUCAUUAUUCAGGAACCACCUACUGAAUUUGGAAUCAUCAGGUGCUACAGUUCCAACCAAUCAUGGGAGAGCAACAACUGCAAGGCCUUUUACGGCAGCACGCUGGAAAUCCAGGUCCAGUUGGAAGCUGGAACCAAUAUCACAUACAGAUUACAGCAAGGUGAAGUUUUGCUGGCCAUGGCCAUGACAAUGAGAGGCAUCGUUCCGUGCAACCUCACGAUGGAUCCCCUGGCUCAGCAGCGACUAGGUAUCGGCUGCCACCAGGUGGAGCUGUCAGCCUCCAGUGACGUGCUGGCGGGGGCCGUGUCCGCGCCUUUGGACUUUUGCCUCCUUGAGGCCGUGGAGGGUCUGCGGGUCUCUGUUGAGCAAGGCCCAGACUCGUGCCAGAGCUCCAGCCUGCAGGUGAGCGUGUCGCUGGAGCGUGGGACCCCAGUGCAGCUUCUCUUCCAGGUGUCUGGAGAAAGGAACAGUUAUUCUGAGGCAAAGGAUAUGCUUGACGGCAGCCUGCAAAUCUUCAGCAUUACGGCCAAGAUUCAAGGGCCAGUGAGUGUAAAGGUUAAUGCAACAAACAGCCUCUCCAGCAUGGUACAGGAUGCUGGAAACAUAACUCUGAUUUGCAGUGACCAUGUGCCUGGUGACUCUUCGAGAGUGCCUCGUGAUAAUGAAGAUGGAUUUGAUAUUGAGGCAGAUCCAAAUGUUAUAUACCCAAACACUACAAUGGUCACAUUAACAGCAUUUGGUGAUGUCAUAAACUCCGGUGCUACCUACUCAUGGUCAUGCAGUGGGGAUUGUCGCUGUGAAACCACCAGUACUUCUCAGCAGAUGAAAAUUGAAAACUCUUGUCUUCCUGAAAUGUACAACUUCACAAUGUUCAUUUUGACGGUGAAAAAAACUAAGGGCAAAAGUCUUACAAGCAGUAUAUGUGUUAUGGUCGUCCCAAUGAAUAAUAUUUCACUGAAUAUCAUGUGUAAAGAAGGUUGUGACCACACAGAUUCUAUGCAGAGUAUUCAACUGGAGGUGCUUUGUCACCAGUGUGUUAACUUUACGUGGUAUUAUGAGAUCACUGCUAACAAGCAUGCUGAUUGGGCCGGCUGCCGCUCUAAUCAGAUGCCAUUAACUCUUAUUGCGAAGGGAAAUUCAUCGAUUGUGAUAAAUGGCGAAAAAAUCCUGGCUACCAUAAACAGAGUCGUGGUCGUAGGCUUCUCUAAUGACGGAAAGUCUGGAGUUGCCAGCUACAGCCUACACCAUCCUAGGACCACUCAACCCCCGAUGAGACACAGAUCGUCCUCGACCACAAAUCCAACCCCAUCAAAAGACUAUAAAGGCUCCAAGGGUUAUUCUGACACCAAGAAGCCGAAAUUCCCCACCUCCUCCCCUCCUUAUGUCAAUGGCAGUCAUCACCCCCCAGCUGCCACCCCCGCACACAUACCAGGGAAACCCAGCUCUGUGCCUGCCGCUGCCAGCCUGAGCUGUACACUGGCACCUCCCCAGGGCACGGUGCUCACACCCUUCACUGGCACUUGUAAUGUGCCCCCAGUCUUCUGUACACCUGGGUCCUGCACGUUGUGCUUUAAGACUGUCAAAGGCCAGAGCCUGAGUUGUGGACAUGAAUUGGAGAUGCAAUCGCUGUUCCUCCCUUCAGGGGACAAUAUCACUCUGACAGCAUUUUUAAAGAACAGUGAGGGCCAGACCCUCAGCACGUCACUGGCAACACAGGUGAAGAGUGCGAAUGCCACCAACACUGACCUGAAGGACCUUCUGAAAAAUCAGCAGCACUUGUCUCAGGUGGCACUGGUGCAGCUUUUCCAUUCUGUCUCUGCCACCCUGAACGGAGCAGCCGGUGCCAAUCGGGAAAAUGCGGAGCUUCGGGAGCAGAUGUUGGGCGACCUCUCGGCAGCCCUGCAGGAACACCCCUGUAAUGCCCCCAGUGAUGUGCAGCUGACCGCUGAGGCAGUGAUGCAAAUCACCCAGAAGACAAAUGAGCUGACCUCAUCUGCACAGAUGCAAGCAAGUUUUGUGCUGGCAAACCUCAGCCAAGCCCUGCUCACCAUAAACAGCACGGGAAGCGAGGGAACUGCCCAGGUGCAACUUGCAGCUGGUUUCAUCGUGAAAGCAGCCAGUAACAUCCUCGAGGCCUGGGCAGAGUCAGGCCAGCAGGGCGAGAUUUCUAGUUGUCUGCUGAACACCAUGGGCAAUGUGCAGACCGCCCUUCUGGCAGAAAUGGGGACCAAUCAGGACCCUGUCAUACUGUCAUCCCCUGAUAUCAGUAUUUACGUAAACAGACUGUCACCCGAUCAGCUUCAACAAAAGCCUAUCGGCAUUCAGAGAAAUUCCACUUCCUGGUUCAGUCUUCCUCCAAUAGGACCUGAUAUCUUGCCAGUCGAAAAGCCAGUGGAUGUACGGAUGAUGAGUUUGGGCAUAAGCCCUUUCCCCAAGGGCACAGGGGACUUAAUCAGUGGGAUCGUUGGUGGCCUUACCCUGACAAACCACGAUGGCUCUGUCAUCCCAGUGAAGAACCUCAGCAGUGAGAUUGAGAUCUUUCUGCCACGGCCAAAAGAAUCACAAGUGAGUGAAACAUUUCUGGACCUGGGCAACUUCAGUACAGUGGCCAUCAACGUGACUGUGCCCAACAUCUCACUGGUGCUGAAGCUGGACCCCUCAGAAAACUUGACCUUGCAGCUGUUGCUGGGCUUUCAGAGUUAUCCCAACCAGUCACAUCACAUUGCCAUGACUAACCUACCUCAGCAGGGUGCUACUCUAGAGGAGCAGUACACAUGGGUGUUGGGUCCUGGGAACCUGACUGGAAAUCCUGGGACGUACUAUCUGCUGGUGAGACCUGUGGUGGCGGCAGGGGUCAAUUCCACAAAUGCCACGGUGUCCGUCACCACCAUAGCUUCCCAGUGUAUGUAUUGGGAUGAGGUUACUUCCGACUGGAGCACCCAAGGCUGUAGGGUCGGUCCUCUCACCACCCCAUCGGCCACCCAGUGCUUCUGUAACCACCUGACCUUCUUCGGAAGCUCCUUUUUUGUCAUGCCCAAUGUGGUGGAUGUUUCGCAGACAGCUCAGCUCUUCUCCACCUUUGUCGACAACCCUGUGGUGGUGUGCUUUGUGGGCGCCAUCUUCCUGGCCUACCUGCUGGUGGUCGUGUGGGCGCGCAGGAAGGAUAUCCAGGACUUGGCCAAGGUUAAGGUUACAGUUCUGGCGGACAAUGACCCUCUCGCCCACUACCGCUACAUGCUGACCAUCAGCACUGGGCACAGACGCGGGGCCUCCACUUCCUCCCAGGUGACGGUGAUUCUGCUGGGCUCAGAUGGCGAGAGUCACCCUCAUCACCUGAGUGACCCUGACAAACCGCUGUUUGAGAGAGGGGGGGUGGACAUGUUUCUGCUCACCACUCCAUUCUCCCUGGGGGAGCUGCAGAACGUCAGACUCUGGCAUGACAACUCAGGGAGCCACGCUGCUUGGUACAUCAAUAAAGUGAUGGUCCAGGACCUGGAGACAGGUCAGAAAUGGCAUUUCUUGUGUAACUCGUGGCUGGCGAUAAACAUGGGUGAAUGUGCUCUGGACAAAGUCUUCCCUGUCGCCACAGAGCUGGAUCUUACGCGGUUUAGUAACUUGUUCUUCACGAAGACAGCAAAAGAUUUUGGCGACGGGCAUAUCUGGUUCUCUGUGAUCAACCGGCCCCCAGCCAGUAAUUUCACACGGGUGCAACGGGUCUCCUGCUGCUUCUCACUGCUGCUCUGCACCAUGCUGACUAACAUCAUGUUCUGGGGCAUUCCAACGAACCCAUCUGAGCAGAAAAUGGACUUGGGUCAGAUCGAGAUCACCUGGCAGCAGGUCAUGAUAGGUGUCCAGAGCUCCAUCAUCAUGUUCCCCAUCAACCUCCUAAUUGUGAGCAUCUUUAGAAACACCCGUCCAAGAGAAAAGAAGGUACUGCAGGCUAACAGUCAAGCCAAGGCAGAUCCUAACAAGCAGGGGAAGACCGGCCGCGUGUCUCCGACCCAGCCGCCGUCCCCAGGGAACAUCCACAAGGAAAUCACUCCCAAUUCUGUUGUCAAGGAUAUCAAGAGGAUUGCCCAGUCUCUCUCUAAGACCAGGAGGAGCACGGUUCCUCAGCUCGAGGAGGGUGCUGAAAAGACAGCUGACAUCAAUACUCUGCUGUCACUAGUGGAGGAGAUCAUCCAGCAGCAGAACCGGGCAGGAGGCGACUUCUAUUCUGAAGGCUGCAAGAACGAAGCCUCUCUCAUCCUGACGUUAGAGAGCAGCCCUGGUGGCAGCCCAGAAAGGUCAAACAGUGUUUCCCAGAGACAGAGGGACUACAGUGAGUAUUUGUACCGACAGCUACGUCAUGUGGAGAAGGAGCUAGAGGUCCUGGACCCUUCACGCUUCCCUAAUCCAAGAAGUUACCGGCAGGCAGUACGGCAGGUGCAGGACAUGAAGGGCCUGCUGGAGGGCCGGCUCUCCUGCAUGAGCCCGGCUGAAAACCAUGUCGUAAAGAGCCCCAGCCCCCCAGAGCAGGAAAACAACAGGAAGUGCUGCCAGGGAGGCCUGCCCUGGUGGUUUGUGUUUGUGGGCUGGUUCCUGGUAGCGGCAACUAGUGGAGUGGCAGCAUACUUCACCAUGAUGUACGGGCUCACCUACGGGAAACAGAAGUCCAUAAGCUGGCUGAUCUCCAUGGUGGUGUCUUUCUUUGAGAGCGUCUUCGUCACCCAGCCACUCAAGGUCUUAGGUUUUGCCAUCUUCUUUGCUCUGGUGCUGAAGAAAAUUGACCAGGAGGAAUAUGGAGAUGCAACCCUUGAAAAAGAACUUGUAACCUCAGACCCCAACGUAGUGCUGGGCACACGGAGAGACAGCACAUGUAGCUACUAUCAGCCUCCUCCACCCACUGACAUCGAGAGGAUGAGGAAUAAUAUGAUAAAGGAGCAGAAAGCCUAUGGGCUCAUCAUGGAGAUUCUCGCCUAUUUGGGGUUCAUGUGGAUGCUGCUGCUGGUGGCAUAUGGUCAGAGGGACCCAAAUGCUUACUUCCUGAACCAGCACAUUCAGCAGAGUUUCACCAAUGGCACCUCAGAUAUGAUGAGUCUUAACGAAGUGUUUAUGUGGACCAACACCACCCUCCUCAGCAACCUCUUUGGACAAUAUCCAGGCUUCAUCACAGACGGGAAUUCCAAGCUGGUCGGUAAUGGUCGUAUCCGUCAGGUGCGGGUGAAGAGAGACUCCUGUCCUGUUUCCCCCUCCAUUAGCAGCUUGGUGCCAGACUGCCAGGGUCUGUACUCCUGGGACGUGGAAGACAUGGGCCAAUACGGACCAGGUUGGAGCCAGAACAGCAGUGCCAGUGGCACCAUCAACAGCACCGCCUGGACAUACCAGAGUCAGGGUCAGCUCAGGGGGUGCCCCAUAUGGGGUGAUGUGGUGCUCUACAGAGGGGGGGGCUUUGUGGCUGAACUGGUGUUGGACCAGGGAAAUGCAGGAGGGGUCCUUCAGAACCUGUUUGACAACACCUGGCUUGACAUUUACACGCGGGCAGUUUUUGUAGAGUUCACCGUCUACAAUGCUAACAUUAACCUCUUCUGCAUUGUCACUCUAAUAUUUGAGACCUCAGCUAAUGGAGCCUUCCAGUAUCUCACUGAUCUGCAGACGGUCCGGCUGUAUCAGUCAACUGGUGGCCUAGAGAUCUUUGUCAUGGCUUCUGAGGUUAUAUACUUCCUCUUCAUUCUCUACUACAUGUUUGUUCAGGGUAAGCUAAUGAAGCAGCUGAAGUGGACAUACUUCAGCAACAAGUGGAACCUUCUGGAACUAGCCAUUAUCAUCCUGAGCUGGAGUGCACUCUCUGUCUUCAUUAAAAGGACAUUGCUGGGGAACAGAGACAUGGAGUUCUACCGCACCCACCCGGACCAGUUUCCCAGUUUCUACCAGACGGCCGCAGCGGACUCCGUGCUGGGCUACCUGAUUGCAUUCCUAGUGCUGCUGGCCACCAUUAAGCUGUGGCACCUGCUGAGACUUAACCCCAAGCUGCACAUGAUCACCUCCACACUGAAGAGGGCCUGGAAUGACAUCUCAGGCUUCAUCAUCGUUUUGACCAUUAUGCUCCUGACCUACUCUAUGACUUGCAAUCUAAUAUAUGGUUGGAAGCUCUACUCCUACAGAACUCUUUUGGAGGCUUUCCAGACCAUAGUCAGCUUGCAGUUGGGCAUCUUCAACUAUGAAGAGAUUCUGGAGUACAACCCAGUGCUUGGUGCAUUCAUCAUUGGCUCCUGCGUCAUAUUCAUGACCUUUGUGGUCCUCAAUCUCUUCAUCUCAGUCAUCCUAGUUGCAUUCAGCCAAGAGCAACUGCACCACAAGCCUUCCGAAGAAGAAGAGAUUGUAGACCUUAUAUUCACAAAGCUCUGUAGUCUCCUUGGGAUCAGGUGUAAAAAUGAAAAAGAAAAGGCUGCAAAUGAAAGGAUCUUAACAGCCUCCAAAAAAGAUACCUAACCCUCAACAUAGACAUACAUAAAGAUAUUCUUUAGACAUGUUAUAACCUCACCAUGAUGUGUAUGUGAAAACUGAGUCAUUACAUGUUAAACUAAAAAUAGCACACUUAACUGUAAUUUCCUCUUUUCCUUGUCCAGAUGUAGUGUUCUUUAAAUUAAAAAUGAUAGAAGAAAUGUUUAAACUGAUCCAUUUGUAUGUACUUUGAACAGUUAUAUUAAUCUGCACUUCUUUAUUAAUCUGUGACCAUUUUAUAUAGGGUACCUCAAGUACAGUGCUGAUUAUUAGUUAAAUAAAAGUAUGUGAAAAUGUAACAAUUAAAAUGUAUUGAUUGUGAUUUAAAUGUCCAUUAAAGACUUUCCUGAAGAAUUAAAUAGAAAAAAACAGUGAAAAGCAUUUCACAAAAAUAAAAAAAAUUA